AUUAACCAGAAGAUGACUGUCACUUAUUCCAGUAAGGUAGCAAAUGCUACUUUUUUUGGAUUUCAUAGAUUACUCCUCAAGUGGAGAGGCAGCAUCUACAAACUGCUUUACAGGGAAUUUAUUGCCUUUGCUAUUCUUUACACAGCAAUAAGUAUGAUGUACAGAUUGUUACUUACAGGAGCCCAAAAACGUUACUUUGAAAAAUUAUCAAUUUACUGUGACAGAUAUGCUGAACAAAUUCCAGUAACCUUUGUGCUUGGGUUUUAUGUAACUCUGGUGGUGAACCGGUGGUGGAACCAGUUUGUCAAUCUGCCAUGGCCAGACAGACUGAUGUUCCUGAUUUCCAGCAGCGUUCAUGGAAGAGAUGAAUAUGGGCGUUUACUCAGAAGAACACUCAUGCGCUAUGUCAAUUUAACUUCCUUGCUCAUCUUCCGCUCAGUGAGCACGGCUGUGUUUAAAAGAUUUCCAACAAUAGAUCAUGUGGUAGAAGCAGGUUUUAUGACAGCAGAUGAAAGAAAAUUAUUUGAUCACCUUAAAUCUCCCCAUCUAAAAUACUGGGUUCCAUUCAUAUGGUUUGGAAAUCUGGCAUCUAAAGCCCGAAAAGAGGGAAGAAUCAGAGACAGUGUUGAUCUGCAAUCAUUAAUGACUGAGAUGAAUCGGUAUCGAUCCUGGUGCAGUCUCUUGUUUGGCUAUGACUGGGUUGGGAUUCCACUCGUCUACACCCAGGUUGUCACUCUUGCUGUCUAUACCUUCUUCUUCGCAUGCUUGAUUGGACGUCAAUUUUUGGAUCCCACCAAAGGCUAUGCGGGACAUGACUUAGAUCUCUACAUUCCAAUCUUUACCCUCUUACAAUUCUUCUUCUAUGCAGGAUGGCUGAAGGUUGCGGAGCAACUUAUCAAUCCAUUUGGUGAAGAUGAUGAUGAUUUUGAAACUAACUGGUGUAUAGACAGAAAUUUACAGGUCUCUCUUUUGGCUGUGGACGAAAUGCAUAUGAGUCUACCCAAGAUGAAGAAGGAUAUUUACUGGGAUGAUUCAGCUGCACAACCCCCCUACACACUGGCAGCAGCUGACUACUGCAUUCCCUCUUUCCUGGGAUCUACGAUUCAAAUGGGGCUGUCUGGGUCCUACUUGCCUGGUGGGGAAGAAUGGGUAUGGGAUGAGGAGAAACACGGGCCGAGGCGCUCAGUGAUAAGGAGAGUCAAACGUUUCCUGAGUGUCCACGAAAACCCCACGAGCCCAGUGAGACGGAGUUAUGGGAGGCAGGCCAGCGACAGCUCCAUGUUCUUCCCGACAAGCGACCUCAGCCACGUCAGCGGCCUGCUGGACAUCCCUCCCAGAAACCGCCCCCGCGCCACUCGGACCAAGAAGAACCUGAACCGUGGUGACAGCAGCCCGCAGCACUCCAGCAUGGGGGACCUGUCCGUGAUUAGGGAAACCAGUCGGACGAGCACAUUAAGAAGCCUGACCCCACAAUCCAGCGUCAGUACCUCUCCCACCAAAACGACCCUUCAGAUCCCAGAAGUCUUAAUCACUUCUCCCGACGUUCCGACGCCCACGUCGGGGGACAGCGGCCAGCCUAGCCCGCAGCUAUCCAUCUCCGACUCGAUGCUUUCAGAAGAUCGGCCGAUGAGAACUGAACAGCCGGCUGAUGCCCGCGAUUCCAGCCCACCUCCUUCCCAACCAACACAGGUCAUCUCGCCUGAAACUGAAGCCCAGAUUCUUGAAUUUGCUUUUGAGAGCAGUGCGGAUGACAAGUAUCCAAAGAGAUGGAGCCUCCCGGGAUUUCUGGAGUCUAGUCAGGUCUCCCUCUCAGGACUAAGUCCGGAGCCUCAAUCCGAAGCCCCUGAAACUAUUCUUUUAAUAGACACAGAAACGUCUUCGCAGUCCAGUGGAAUUAACUUUGUGGCCGCCCCUCAGACUCAACCAGAUGUUCAUUAUUUAUUAGAACAUCUGGACACCAAAGAAACAGAUAUCACAGACUUCAAUAAUGAACAACCUGAAGCGUCACCAAAAGGAAUGCCCAAAAGUUCUGGGAUCUGGUUCUAGCUUAAGAUCCUUAAAUAGUUGUCCCUAAACUUAGGAGGUCAACCUACAGAUCGUUAAAAAAAAUAAUAAUCGUUAAAAUCAGGAUGUCUUAAGAUCUAGUAAAACUUUGGGAAGGGAGGGGGAAAUCAGAUUUUCUGAAGAAGAAGAAAAUAAGAGAAAUCAAUCAAGAGCCAUUUAUUAAAUUCCUAUUGUGUACUAGGCACUGCACCUGCUGUUGGGGAUACUAGCAUUUUUAGCAAAAACAAAUAUUGUUCAUCAUAGAAUUGUUUCCAUAAAAGUUACCCAGAGUUCAGUAUCAAAGCUUUCUAACCAAAGAAUCUGUCCAAACAAAAUAACACAAAACACUUGCCUCCUUUCUUUUCUUUGUCAUAUCCUUACAUUGGCUUUCUACUGCUCCUCAAAAAGACAGGAAAGUAGAGUAACCUGUCAAGAUCCUUCCCUACCAUGGCUCUGAGUAUAGGAGGUGCUAUCAACCUAACCAGACCAUCUUGUAGUUUAUUAAGUUUUACUGUUAUCUCACUCACAUUGUCUCCUAAAAGUCCCAAAAUAAUAAAUUACACCUAAAUGGAAUCAUCAGACUCUGUAAAGAAGCAACCUGUGUGACCUAGAGCAAAACACUUAAUAUCUUAUGGCCUCUGUUUCCUUAUCUGUAUAAUUUGUGUGCCAAACUAGAUGAUCCCUAAGGUUCUUUCCAUUUCUAAAUCUAUUAUCCUCUUAUCUAUAAUCUUCUUACUGUUUAGUAUCUGAUUCACUGUUCAUCUGUUUUCUUCUGCAUCUGCACUCAAAGAAAAAUGCAUUUCUAGCUAUUUUUUUCCCUUCAAUUUCUUUCUCUGUUUUGAGAUCUUUUUGUUUUUCAACUUUUACUCUCCUGUCUUUUUAUUCCACUCUGCCUUAUUGCUCUGUUAUAGCCUUGAUCUUCUCUCUGGAUCUAAGGAACUUUAAAUCUGUCCUCUGCUUGAUUCAUUUUCUUUCACAUUUUGGUAUUUAUUUCUCUCUGUUACUUAUUAUGUUCUUAGGAAUUAGGAGAAAAAGGCUUGUGCCUGUGAUUUCCAGAUGAGAAAAUUUUCUCUAUUGGUGCAACUUAGCACCUACUUUUCAAUUUAUAUUCUUAAAGAUCCCUGAGACCUUAAGUCACUUGCCCAGAGUCACACAGAUGGGACUGGAAUUCAGAUCUUCCUGGCUUCAUAGCUGACCAAAACUGUCCCUCUUCUAUUGUGUUGUUAAGGGUAAUAAUUAUAAUAAAUGUAAUAGAGACUGGACCUGUGAUUUCAGUAGUGAACUUCUUACAAUGUAACCAGUGUGAAAAGGAACUCUGAUGUGAGAAAACUUUUCUAAUACAGCCAGUGGUAUAAGAUUUCCCAAAUGAAGAAACUCCUACAAAUGCAGCAAAUCAGAGGAGGAAACUCCUUCUUUAUCAGUGCAUGUGAGCAACUUAUAGCCUUGAACAUCAAAAAGUUAGAUUAUAUUAAAUUAAUUAAACAUUACAUUAUGCUGCCUUAUAAUAGUAUUAAUAAGUAAUAACACAGCCAUGCUGUAUAAUCUAAUUUUGCAAGUCUAAUUUCCCCCACCUCCCAAUUCCAAGACAGAAAUGUAGAAGUCAGUGGCCAGCUACUAUCUACUUAUAUACUACACAAUUUCUUAUUGGUCCUACUCUUUGGUCUUAAAUGCUAAAAGGAAGCUAGCAUCAAUUAAAACCUUCUUUCUCAGGAACCAUGAGGGAAAACCCCUACAUUUUGGGGACAUAUUUUUCUCCAGAAUUUAGAAUAGGAUUCCCAGUCAUCUGGUUACAUGGGACCACUUACUGCUUUUACUGAGCCUGAUUCUAUGGUCCACUAUCAGCACUUUUUGGUGAUUAUAUUAGCACAGAGAGGUAGAGCCUCCCUGUAAGACCACACAAGAGAGUAGCAGAGCUAAAAUUCUCUAGGAUUCAAAGCCAAGUGUUCUGACUCCAAAUCCAAUAGUCGGUUUUAAAACUUAGUUAUUUAGGCCAAAAAUGAUAUUUACUCAGCCAUUUCAGUUAUAUCUUCCUCUUUGUACCCCUGUUUGGGGUUUUCUUGGCAAAGAAACUAGAAUAAAAAGUGUCUUUUCCUUCUCUAGCUCAUUUUACAGAUGAAUAAACUAAGGUGGAGAGGACUAAGUGACUUGCUCAGGGUCACAUAGCUAGCAAGUGUCUGAGGCUGGAUUUGAACUCAGGUUUUCCUGACUUCAGGCCCAAUACUCUAUCCAUCACACCACCUACGUGCCCCAAGAUGAUACCUAAAUGGAACCAUCACAGUUUGUCAAGAAGCUACCUGUGUGACCUGGAGCAAAACACUUAACAUCUUGUGAUCUCUGUUUUUUUAUCUGUACAAUUUGUGUAUCAAACUAGAUGACCUCUAAGGUUCUUUACAUUUCUAGACCUAUUAUCCUCUUAUCUUAUAACCUUCUUACUGCUUAAUAUCGGCUUCACUAUUCAUCUCUGUUUUCUUCUUUUUCUUCUGCAUCUGCACUCACAGAAAAAUGCAUUUCAAAUUUUUUUGUAUCAAAGUUGAUAGAAAAUGUGUCAACCUUUCUUCAGAAAUGGUCUCCCACAUCAACUUCCCAAUUUUUCCUUUUUCUGAAGACAGGAUGAGGCAGAUUCUGAGCCCAUUUAACUGUAGGAAACUUCAUCUCAGAAUUUAGUUUUUCAUUUGUCAAAGACUAGAGAAACCUGAGAACAAUGGCUGUCUCAAUUGAUAUGGGGUGGUUCUCCAUUUCAAACAUUUAGCUGGUUUUUCAUUAUCUUCCUUUUAGCCCCAGGAUCUUAUUAUGUAUUUCCAGAGCUCUGGAAACUUCAACCCUUUGAGUACUGACUCACAUGUGCUUGGAAUGUGACUAGCUCCAAAAACUCAGCUGUGCUCCCCAUGUUGACUUUGUGCCCAAACAAAAGAAUUUGGUGAGGUUUAUUUGGCACAUCUUAUUACACUUCCAAGUCCAGUGACUGGUGCUACUUAGCCUUGCAUUGGAAGUGUGAAGCCAGAAUUCCACGAGGUGUGAUACCAUUUAUUCUAUUCCUGAAUCCUGAAUUUAAUUUUUCAUUAAAAAUAGAAUAAUAGAAACACAACCUGAGCCAUUAGAAAAAUACCUUUGCAUUUUAAUUUUGGAAUAAGAUACUUUCUUUUCAGUAUUUUUAUUUUCUCUUUUUUCUUCAUCCUCCAGACAGAUUGUCCCCUCCUUCACAUUUUUCCCCUAAAACUUGGUCACCAUCAAAAUACAUUCAUUCAGUGGUCACCAUAUAAUUUUGUUUUUAAUAUCCUCUGGAAAAAGUUGCAACUCCAAAUAUGGUAUCUCCUUUGUCCUUUAAACCUUCUCAUUUUUCAGUCUUAAACACUUUAUUCAGAAGUCUUUUCCAGUUUUCUUAACAAGUAUUUGUAAACUUCUUACCGAGUUCUGAAGUUCAUUUUUUCUUUUGGCAUUUCAUUUUUCUUUUUAAGCUCCUUGCAUUUGGCUUAUUAUUACUGUUUUUCACCACUUCUAUCAUUCAUCACAGAAAUCCAGAUCCUUAAUAACAUGGGACUAUUCAUACAAAAGAUUUUUGUACCUAAAGGAGGGAGAUUGAGAAUUCACCUUAAGUGAGAUAAGGAAUAAUACCAUAUAGAGAAAGGCAAUGCAGCUAACAUGCUCAUGGCAACUGCUGGAGAGUACGAUACAGGGCCAAGAGGGUAUGACUGCUUCAGGAAAGAAGUACAUCUUGGCACCCUCUAAAUUUUAGCAUUUUGAAGUCCAGUCCAAGUUGCUCCACCCUAGUUAUAGCUCUGCUUCUACUCAUCCAACUCAGCCUCCUUCUAUGUCCCCUUACUUGAAUCAGUCCCUCAAAGUGGGGGGGUAACCAUGGUAAAAUUUUAAUGUUGUUAAAACCAUCUAUUUGUCUAGAGAUAGAGCCAGUUGGUUUAUAUUGGUUUAUUUGAACACCUAAUCUCACAACACCUUACUCCUCAGAUAAUUAGAAAUAAUAAAAUAUACCUUUAAGAAAGCUAAGUAAUGAUCAAAUUCCAACUAUUCCUCCCUUUGUCAGAAUCACUAUCAUCGAUAGUUAAAUCUUUAUUGAACAUUAUUAGUAAAUCUUUGUUGAUCUCUUGUACAGGGCAUAAGGUUAGAUACCAAUGGAUUACACUUAAGACUGGCAAGGAUUUAAAAUAAUUUUAUCCAUUUAAAAAUCUUCCAACUAUUUCCUUCCCAUCUUUGUUAGCUCCCUGAGCCCUAAGUGAAACUUAUUGGAAAGCAUCUAUUAGUCCACUGGUAUGGCCAUUGAAGACAUGACAGAUCAAAUCAUAAAUAUCAGGAUUGCUCGCUCAUUUCAAGAUCCUCUAGAUUCUAGGGAAAGGGUGUACAGAUCAGUAAGAAGGGAAAGCUGAAAUCUGUUGACCAGAAAAACAGGUCAUGGGCUUUGAGCAUGAAUGGAACUGGUUGGUUGAUAGCAACUUCUGUGGGAAUUUUCCCAUAUAUCCUAUGUUUUUUGUGGCCAAUGGUCCCCUGGCAAGUUGAAGGAAAAUAAUUAAGGAUAUGAUAGCAACUUCUGUGGGAAUUUUCCCAUAUAUCCUAUGUUUUUUGUGGCCAAUGGUCCCCUGGCAAGUUGAAGGAAAAUAAUUAAGGAUAUGAGUUAAGGAUAGCAAUAUGGGAAGACUGGAAAAAAUAAAAUGGACAAAUAACUAAAUUCUAUUUGCAGUCAUGGUACAUAUGCAGGCUGUGGUAUAGAAUUUCUUCCUCUUUAUCAUAUUAUAGUUGCUGUCAUGACACAUUUUAAGACUCAAAAUCAUGAGCCAGAGAACCUGGAUCCUUGAAGAUUCCCAAUUACAGGACUCCUAGAAACCAUCAUCUAGAUGAUGUUUGAAAUGUCAUUAAGAUCAUAGCUACAGUUAUCUGAAAUUAUAGUAAAUGUCAAUGAUGGGAAGGAAUAGAAUAAUGCCUUUUAAGCACAUAUAACUUAACUUGUGUCAAGAAAUGACAGCAUUCAAACUGCUGCUGAACAACUGAUAAAUGUAUGCCUUGUUUUGGACCAAAUAAACAAAACUGGUAUUACUUA